AUGGUAAGCAUGAACUUUGAUCUUUGUAUAGAUGAAUAUACUCAUGAUAUACCUGGUGUCAUGUAUGUAACUAAUAACAUACCUGGUCCAGGUAUAAAUGUGGAUGAUUUUGAAUCUGUAUUUACAUCAGGUUGUUCAUGUACACUUGAAUGCUCAAAGUGUACUUGCACUCGUGGUUCUGCUAAUUAUAUAAAUGAUUGUAUUGUUGAAGAAAAAUUAUCAGUACCAAUUUUAGAAUGUAAUCCUUAUUGUACAUGCAGUCAGAAUUGUGGUAACAGAUUGGUACAGCGUGGUCCAUUAAAUAGUCUUCAAGUAAUAAAAGUUGCUAAAAAGGGUUUAGGUCUCAUAACAACGACAUUGAUAAAGAAAGGGCAAUUUAUUUGUGAAUAUGCUGGUGAAAUAAUAAGCAUAGAUGAAGCACGACGCAGGGUUGAAGCUAAUAAAAAUGACAAUAGUAUGAAUUAUGUUCUUGUAGUUUCUGAACAUAUAGGAGAACAAAUAAUUGUAACUUGUGUAGAUCCAAAGUAUUUUGGCAAUAUUGGAAGAUAUAGUAAUCAUAGCUGCCAGCCAAAUGCUAAUCUUGUACCUGUCAGAGUUGAAAGUGUUACACCACGAUUAUGCUUAUUUGCAUCUAAAGAUAUAGAAAAUGGAGAAGAAAUUACUUUUAAUUAUGCCAGUGGAGUGAAUUCCGACCAUCAUUUAAGUGACACACCCUGCUUUUGUGGUUUCAGCAAUUGUUUAGGUUAUUUACCACAUAAUUCUAUUUAAAGUAUGCAAAAUAGUCUUUUAAUAGAACAUUACAAAUAUCAUUAAAAAGAAUUGCCACAGGUUCAAUUGUGCUUUGUAGAUCAGUCAUAAUUAAACAGACAUAUAAAAUACAUGAAUUGUUUUCACGAAA